AUGGGCACCGCUUCGUCGCUGGUGAGCCCCGCGGGCGGGGAGGUGAUCGAGGACACGUACGGGGCGGGCGGCGGCGAGGCCUGCGAGAUCCCGGUGGAGGUGAAGCCCAAGGCCCGCCUGUUGCGCAGCUCGUUCCGGCGGGGCGCGGGCGCGGCGGCGCUGGGCGUCGGGCCCGGCUCGCUGCCCCGCGCGGCGGCCGGCGGCGGGCUGCUCGGAGCCAGCUUCAAGUCCACCGGCUCCUCGGUGCCCGAGCUGGAGUAUGCGGCGGCCGAGUACGAGCGGCUCAAGAAGGAGUACGACAUCUUCCGGGUCAGCAAGAACCAGGAGUUGUUGUCCAUGGGCCGCCGCGAGGCCAAGCUGGACACGGAGAACAAGCGGCUGCGGGCCGAGCUGCAGGCACUUCAAAAAACUUAUCAGAAGAUCCUUCGGGAAAAGGAAAGCGCAUUAGAAGCAAAAUAUCAAGCAAUGGAGAGAGCAGCUACAUUUGAACAUGACAGAGAUAAAGUUAAACGACAAUUCAAGAUUUUUAGGGAGACCAAGGAAAAUGAAAUUCAGGACCUCUUGCGGGCCAAGCGAGAGCUGGAGAGCAAACUUCAGAGGCUGCAGGCACAGGGCAUCCAAGUCUUCGAUCCUGGGGAGUCUGAUUCUGAUGACAACUGUACAGAUGUGACUGCUGCUGGGACGCACUGUGAGUACUGGACAGGUGCAGCCCUGGGCAGCGAACCAUCCAUCGGGAGUAUGAUCCAGCUGCAGCAGACAUUCCGGGGCCCAGAGUUCGCUCACAGCUCCAUAGACGUGGAAGGACCUUUUGCAAAUGUCAACAGAGAUGACUGGGAUGUCGCCGUGGCUAGUUUAUUGCAAGUCACUCCCUUGUUCUCACAUUCCCUUUGGAGCAACAGCGUCAGAUGUUACCUCAUUUACACGGAUGAAACACAGCCUGAAAUGGAUCUUUUCCUAAAGGACUAUUCACCUAAACUUAAAAGAAUGUGUGAGACAAUGGGAUAUUUCUUCCAUGCUGUGUAUUUUCCAAUAGAUAUUGAAAACCAGUACCUCACUGUCAGGAAAUGGGAAAUCGAGAAGAGUUCCUUAGUUAUCCUAUUCAUUCAUUUAACUUUACCCAGCCUUCUCGUGGAGGACUGCGAAGAAGCUUUUCUGAAGAACCCCGAGGGCAAACCGCGCCUCAUCUACCGCCGCUCCGAGGCCGGGAAGGUCAGUUCCGACUCCGUGCAGAGAUUCAUCGAGCAGGUGUCUCAGCUGCACAAGGCCAGCAAGGCCAAGAUUAUUGAUCACUCAGGAGAUCCCGCAGAAGGAGUGCACAAGAUUUACACUUACGUGGAAAAGACCAUCAGACAGGACCUCCUGGGCCUCGAGAGCACCGAGCCGGAGACGCGGGAGGCGGGCGGCGAGGAGGCCCUGCCCGAGGAGGCGGGCCCGGGCGACGUGCUGUGGGACCUCCACGACGAGCAGGAGCAGAUGGAGACUUUCCAGCAGGCGUCCAGCUCAGCCCAGCAGCUGGGCUUUGAGAAGUACUACCAGCGGCUGAACGACCUGGUGGCGGCCCCCGCUCCCAUCCCGCCGCUGCUCGUCUCUGGAGGACCCGGUUCCGGGAAGUCCCUUCUCUUAGCCAAGUGGAUCCAAUUGCAACAGAAGAAUUCUCCAAACACGCUGGUUCUUUCUCACUUUGUGGGGAGGCCGCUGUCGACCAGCUCCGAGUCUUCCCUGAUCAUUAAGCGGCUCACUCUGAAGCUGAUGCAGCACUCCUGGUCGGCAUCUUCUCUGACUCUGGAUCCUGGGAAACUUCUGGAAGAAUUUCCACGUUGGCUGGAAAAACUCUCUGCCCGCCAUCAAGGCAGCGUCAUCAUCAUUAUUGAUUCUAUAGAUCAAGUCCAGCAAGUUGAAAAGCACAUGACAUGGCUGAUAGACCCACUGCCAGUGAAUGUCAGAGUAAUUGUCUCUGUGAAUGUGCAAACAUGCCCUCCAGCAUGGAGGUUGUGGCCAACGCUUCAUCUUGAUCCUUUAAAUCCCAGCGAUGCCAAAGCUCUCAUCAUUGCGGAAUGCCACGCCUCGGACAUCAGGUUGAACACAGAGCAGCGUUUUGCUCUGGGGGCCAGCGGGUGA